CGCGCUCUGCACGGAACCGACCCCGUACCCAUGGCUCUGAUAAUGGAGCCGGUGAGCAAAUGGUCUCCGAGUCAAGUAGUGGACUGGAUGAAAGGUCUUGAUGACUGUUUGCAGCAGUAUAUUAAGAAUUUUGAGAGGGAGAAGAUCAGUGGGGACCAGCUGCUGCGCAUUACACAUCAGGAGCUAGAAGAUCUGGGGGUCAGCCGCAUUGGUCAUCAGGAACUGAUCUUGGAAGCAGUUGACCUUCUGUGUGCAUUGAAUUAUGGCUUGGAAACAGAAAAUCUAAAAACCCUUUCUCACAAGUUGAAUGCAUCUGCCAAAAAUCUACAGAAUUUUAUAACAGGAAGGAGAAGGAGUGGCCAUUAUGAUGGGAGGACCAGCCGAAAAUUGCCAAACGACUUUCUGACCUCAGUUGUGGAUCUGAUUGGAGCAGCCAAGAGUCUGCUUGCCUGGUUGGACAGGUCACCAUUUGCUGCUGUGACAGACUAUUCAGUUACAAGAAAUAAUGUCAUACAACUCUGCCUGGAGUUAACAACAAUUGUGCAACAGGAUUGUACUGUAUAUGAAACAGAGAAUAAAAUUCUUCACGUGUGUAAAACUCUUUCUGGAGUCUGUGACCACAUCAUAUCCCUGUCAUCAGAUCCUCUGGUUUCACAGUCUGCUCACCUGGAAGUGAUUCAACUAGCAAACAUCAAACCAAGCGAAGGGCUGGGUAUGUAUAUUAAAUCUACAUAUGAUGGCCUCCAUGUAAUUACUGGAACCACAGAAAAUUCACCUGCAGAUCGGUGCAAGAAAAUCCAUGCUGGCGAUGAAGUGAUUCAAGUUAAUCAUCAGACUGUGGUGGGGUGGCAGUUGAAAAAUUUGGUGAAUGCACUACGAGAGGACCCGAGUGGUGUUAUCUUAACUUUGAAAAAGCGACCUCAGAGCAUGCUUACCUCAGCACCAGCUUUACUGAAAAAUAUGAGAUGGAAGCCCCUUGCUCUGCAGCCUCUUAUACCUAGAAGUCCCACAAGCAGCGUUGCCACGCCUUCCAGCACCAUCAGUACACCCACCAAAAGAGACAGUUCUGCCCUCCAGGAUCUCUACAUUCCCCCUCCUCCUGCAGAACCAUAUAUUCCCAGGGAUGAAAAAGGAAACCUUCCUUGUGAAGACCUCAGAGGACAUAUGGUGGGCAAGCCAGUGCAUAAGGGAUCUGAAUCACCAAAUUCAUUUCUGGAUCAGGAAUAUCGAAAGAGAUUUAAUAUUGUCGAAGAAGAUACUGUCUUAUAUUGCUAUGAAUAUGAAAAAGGAAGAUCAAGUAGUCAAGGAAGACGAGAAAGCACCCCAACUUAUGGCAAGCUACGACCUAUAUCUAUGCCAGUGGAAUAUAAUUGGGUGGGGGACUAUGAAGAUCCAAAUAAGAUGAAGAGAGAUAGUAGAAGAGAAAACUCUCUACUUCGGUAUAUGAGCAAUGAAAAGAUUGCUCAAGAAGAAUACAUGUUUCAGAGAAACAGCAAAAAGGACACAGGGAAGAAGUCAAAAAAGAAGGGUGAUAAGAGUAAUAGCCCAACUCACUAUUCAUUGCUACCUAGUUUACAAAUGGAUGCACUGAGACAAGACAUCAUGGGCACUCCUGUGCCAGAGACCACACUAUACCAUACAUUUCAGCAGUCCUCACUGCAGCACAAGUCAAAGAAGAAAAACAAAGGUCCUAUAGCAGGCAAGAGCAAAAGACGAAUUUCUUGCAAAGAUCUUGGCCGUGGUGACUGUGAAGGCUGGCUUUGGAAAAAGAAAGAUGCAAAGAGUUAUUUUUCGCAGAAAUGGAAGAAAUAUUGGUUUGUCCUAAAGGAUGCAUCCCUUUAUUGGUACAUUAAUGAGGAGGAUGAAAAAGCAGAAGGAUUCAUCAGUUUGCCUGAAUUUAAAAUUGAUAGAGCGAGUGAAUGCCGCAAAAAAUAUGCAUUCAAAGCCUGUCAUCCUAAAAUCAAAAGCUUUUAUUUUGCUGCUGAACAUCUUGAUGAUAUGAACAGGUGGCUUAACAGAAUUAAUAUGCUGACAGCAGGAUAUGCAGAAAGAGAGAGGAUUAAGCAGGAACAAGAUUACUGGAGUGAGAGUGACAAGGAAGAAGCAGAUACUCCAUCAACACCAAAACAGGAUAGCCCUCCACCCCCAUAUGAUACAUACCCACGACCUCCCUCGAUGAGUUGCGCCAGUCCUUAUGUGGAAGCAAAACAUAGCCGACUUUCCUCCACAGAGACUUCUCAGUCUCAGUCUUCUCAUGAGGAGUUUCGCCAGGAAGUAACUGGGAGCAGUGCAGUGUCUCCCAUUCGCAAGACAGCCAGUCAGCGCCGCUCCUGGCAGGAUUUAAUUGAGACGCCACUGACAAGUUCAGGCUUACACUAUCUUCAGACUCUGCCCCUGGAGGAUUCUGUCUUCUCUGACUCUGCAGCCAUCUCCCCAGAGCACAGACGGCAGUCUACCCUGCCAACUCAGAAAUGCCACCUGCAGGAUCACUAUGGGCCGUACCCCUUAGCUGAGAGUGAGAGGAUGCAAGUGCUAAAUGGAAAUGGGGGCAAGCCUCGAAGUUUUACUCUGCCUCGAGAUAGCGGGUUCAACCAUUGCUGUCUGAAUGCUCCAGUUAGUGCCUGUGACCCACAGGAUGACGUGCAACCCCCAGAGGUGGAGGAAGAGGAGGAGGAGGAGGAGGAGGAAGGGGAGGCAGCAGGGGAAAACAUAGGAGAAAAAAGUGAAAGUAGAGAAGAAAAGUUAGGAGACUCAUUGCAAGAUUUAUACAGGGCACUGGAGCAGGCCAGUCUGUCACCACUAGGAGAACAUCGUAUUUCAACCAAGAUGGAAUACAAGCUAUCAUUUAUAAAAAGAUGUAAUGAUCCUGUAAUGAAUGAAAAACUACACAGGCUGAGAAUUCUCAAAAGCACUUUAAAGGCCAGAGAAGGGGAAGUAGCCAUUAUCGAUAAAGUCCUAGACAAUCCAGAUUUGACAUCUAAAGAAUUCCAACAAUGGAAGCAGAUGUACCUCGACCUUUUCUUGGAUAUCUGUCAAAAUACCACCUCAAAUGACCCACUGAGUAUUUCUUCUGAAGUAGAUGUAAUCACUUCCUCUCUAACACACACACAUUCAUACAUUGAAACGCAUGUCUAAAUGUAUUCUGCCUUCAGGCUAUCUAGUACCUGCUGGUACUCUGAACACAUAUAUAAGGUAGUUUUUUAUAUCAAUGUGUGGAACACUUGACAAGCUAUACUUUAAUGUUACCAAACUAUAUGAAACAAACCAUAUAUGGUCACAAUACCACUAUCUUUAAUGAGCAUUUGUAUAUUUUAUAUGCAAUCAGUGCUCAGCUUAUGUUUACCAUGUGCAAAAUCAACUGUCUUUAAUGACUUAAAAUUAACUUUUGCAAACAAUUCUAAAUACAGGUGGUCUUCAAGUAGUAAAACCACAAAAGGCAGUUUUCUAUCUAUGGUCAUCUUUUCUCCCUUUAAGUUAAUUUUAUAUAAACAAGUCUUCAAAAGUAAAUCACAUUUUUUCAGGUGCAGACAUCCUUGUGGGUGGGAAAGAAUUUAAACCUUUUUUAUAUUUAUUAAAAUGUUCUAAGAAUUUUCUUAAACAUUGCACAAAGUUUAAUGCUGUAGUUUUAUUUUUGUGAAAUGUAGAUGCACAUACAAGAGCUAAGCAAAAUAGAAGAGCAUUGACAUAAGAAAAGUUCAGGUAUCUAAUAUUCGUCUUAAUAGUCUAUUAACUUGUGAAAGCUAGUUAAUGGAAAUAUUAUUCCAAAUCUAUGAGAACACUUGGUGUAUCAGGGCAAAGCUUUGUAAGAUGUUUUUGUAACUAAGACCAAAAUUGAAGAUAGAGCUGCUUUAUUUUCUUGGUUUAAAUCUUCCUUUAUUUUUGUAGUGAUGAGAUGCUGAUUGUGUACAGAAGAAUUUGAGAGGGGAUUUUUAAAAACUGACUUAACACACCCAGAAAGGCAGCUAACAGCUAUAUAUAUAUAAAUUUCAGCCCAAACUCAUGUUUUUAAACUCCAACUCUUAAAAGACAACAAGGUAUAAACUGAAAUGAAUCAACUUUCCACUUAGUUUCCAAUUUUCCCCUAGUCCACUAAUUAAACUUAUGUAAUUAUACUUCAGGCAGGGAAGUACAAUAUGUUUAGUUACAGGCUGAUGUGUGUUAUAAAAACAACACUGAAAAAUAAAAAUGUACUUCCCUACUAAGGAGCAAGUGGGUGAUGGUCAUUCGGAGAGAUGUCACAUCGAAUUAUGAGAGAAACAAUAUAGAGGGUUUUUUCCUAGCUUCAUGAAUUGUUCUGUAGAGUGGAUGAAGUUAAGAAAAAGUCCUCUUCAUAUAUUUCCAUUUAUAAGCGUCUUGUUUUUGAAAGUGAUCACAGCAUGAAAAUGACUGUGCUGCUUUUUAGUGUCUGGCUGCAUAACGUACAAGUCACAAUUUGCUGUUUUUUUCAGGAGGAGAAAGGGAACCUCCUUUACUAUUCUAUAUCCUAAAAUCUACUUCUAAUCAGCUUUAUACUGUUGCCUGUACAGCUCAGUGAAUGUACUUUCAUCUUUAAGAGUUCAGAUAUAUGCCAGUGAAUAUUUUUGCUGUAGAGGAGAAAGUAAAAACUCCACAGCGGGGAUCUUUUUCUUUGCUUUUGAAACCACCAUUGAAUCACUAUCGUUUUGCAGACUUUGCACAACUGUACAGGAGAGUGGCCUUUCUACAGCACAUUUUCAGUAAUCCUAUAUUUAGUCAAAAUGGAUGAGAAAUCAUGUAUUAAUGUUUGUAUGGAAUUUUGGGUCCAGUGUAAUAUUUUUAUCAUUUACAAAGAACUCUAUUUGUAAAAACAUUUAUUUACUGCAUGGAUAUUGACGCACAUUAAAUUUGUGGGAUUUUGUAUAUGUAAAAAAAAAACAAAAAACAAAAAACCUCUUGUCCUAAAAUGAAGUGUGCUUGUUACAGGUGUUUAGACUUAUUGAUGUUUACUAGACCAAAUGUGUAUGUUCACUUAAAAAUAUAUGUACCUGAUGGAUGUGUCGUGUUUACAGUGGCCAGGUUGUGGCCUGUAAACAGCAAGCAGUUGAUGGGAAGACUAGCUCUGUUGCUACUAAGCAGCUUUUACUUUUGUAAAGUCAGCUCUGUUGUUUUAAAUGGUAAAAAUUAAACUAAUGAAUUUGACAAGACUCGUGGCUAGCCUAGCAUGAAAGAGACCUUUUAACACUAUAUAAUAUCUGUACAUUUUAUUGCAUUCGUUUCAAAUCUAGGAGAGAGGCAGUACUGUAAACUGAAGUCAAAUAAAUUCAGCUC